CAUAAACUGAGCCGAGUUGCCAUCUCUAUUUUCCCGCCACCCAUAAAUUUUCCAGCCAAAUUCUGGGAGUAUCUGUUUCAAUAAUUUCAGAAUUCUCUGCGUCUUUAUCAGUGUCAAUCAAGUUUGCUCCUUUUUUAAAACAAAGAAAACCCUCAACGCACAAUCAUCGAUCGGACAAAUAAGAAAUACUUAACAAACCAUGAAAUCCAUAUGUUUUUCCUUCACAAUCGCUGCGGCAACCAUCUCAAAUUCCAAUAAUAUCAGUCGCCCACUAACUCCUAAUCCCCCUUCAAUUCAAACCCCUAAUUUCACUCUCAAAAUAACCCAACGUUCGCUCAUUGCUGUAAGAUCUCAGUCUUCUUCGGAACCACGAGGGAAUCAACAAGGGCAAGACGAUGAAACCCUAAUAGAAGAUCUGAGAAUUCCGGACGACUGGUUACUUCCAUCAAAGGCAUUGGAGGAAUCAGAGUGGCUCAGAGUUACACUGCAUAAAUGGUUGGAUGAUGAAUACUGCCCAGAGGAAACAAAUGUUGAGAUCAGCAAGGUUGCUGCCCAAGAGCAGUAG